CUGUUCAACGCUGUCUCGGGCGGUUUUAAGCCCAUAGCUACCGUAAAGUUGUUUACAUCACAACUGUGGAUGCCGGCAGCGUGCACUGUCGUGCACAUUGAGGGAAACGGCCAUGCAUGACAUAUGGUAAUCUGACAUUUGACUAAAGGAACUCCAAAAUUAACACAGACACUUUAUUUUACAGCGGUGUUUACUGGAAAUAUUUUCAGUGUAUGAGAUCAGUCCUCUGACGUCAUUGGGACAUUAUAAAGUAUGCCAAGAUACGGCGACCCGACAACAUACUACGGAAUAUGCUCGGACGUGCCCGUCACGGCACCAAAAGGACCGUUGUGUGACGAAGAGUUACUCCGAAUCGCCUCAAGCCUCUCCAACGACUGGCGCAUGGUGGCGCAAUCCCUCGGUCUCCCCGACAACCGGAUCGGAAGCAUCGAGAGAGGUUUCCCACCAAAAGAGCGGCUCUUCGCAGUCCUGAGGGACUGGCGGGGGAAAAGCUUGAAGAUGAACGCCCCUCACGAAACAGCCGUCGAUCUUGCCAAUGCCAUGUUCGAGCUCGGACGAGAUGACAUUGGCCAUCACCUUGUGAAGAAGUACCAAGACGCUUUUGAAUGUUCUUAGGGGAUCAAUCUUACAGAGAUUCUUCAGUUUUAAGAAAUACACCUUUCAGAUGACUACGAAUAGACACCGAAACGCUCACACUUGCCCGAAAGGAUGAAGAAGGAGCCAUAAGAGGAAUUUGGAGGUGGCCUACCAUGGAGGAAGGAACAUGGGCCUACACAGUCCAGCCGGCCAAUUUCUGUACAAAAAGUGCAAUGUUCAAUUAAUGACAGCAACUGGAGAGAAAAACAUCAAGCGUUGUUCGAAUUAACCAAGGCAAAAGGAAUUUACAAUGAAUUACAUUCACACAUGCAAAGUGAAGCUUUUCGUGUUAACAGAUGGAAACUGCUUUUGUAUCCGUCAGUAGGCGCGCGGCAAGGAGUUAUCUUUCCCAUGAGAAAAAUUGAAGCUUUAUCCCGUUUGUAAUAAUCUGUUGGCUCGUACAGAAGUCAGUUUGGUAGAUGCAGAUCCAAGAUUUUCGGGUGCAUCAGACCCAUCAGAUUUUGUUGUGGACCCGAUUGUUGCGGACAGGCGGGCACAAACAUUUCAUUUUUUCUGAUGUUCAAAUAAUAAUUACCCUGACAGGAUAUCACUUUGCAAAAAUGAAUACUGUUAUUGAUAUUUCAGUUUUUAUUUACUUAUUUUUUGUGUCAGAGCAGGGGCGGUUGACCGCUACGCUGGAUUCACGUACCUGCUUGAAAAUAUUUUGAACACAGGUUCAAAGCUUUUAUCGUCGCGUGUAAAUUCAGGUUUGCGUACCGUCUCGGCUUUUGCAGAAACUGUUCCGAUCUUUAUCUGUGUUAUCAACCCCUCAUCGUAUUCUUUCUGUCUGUGCACCCCAUUUUGCUAUGAUUGCUAUCAAGCAGACUUUACCCUUUUUUGACUAAAGGUAACUCUUUUUAUAGUCACUCCGUACUUGGCCUCUAGGGACAAUUUUAUUUCGGGGACUGGGGGCUAUUGUAGUUCUAUGCACAUGCUUAUACCAUUGCAUCACGGGAACUCGUCAUCCAUUCAUCAAGUUGCGCUGUAUCAAGUUAGUUCAGUGAAGGGAUCACUACGCCGACAAACUGUAUGAGAUCUUGGACCGUCAUCAUGGACUAGUAUGUGAACCGCAGAACAUUACUUAGGCUAUAUUCGCUGUCAUUAAGCUGCUCGUGUGUAGCCCAUACAAUAAUGUUUCCAUACUGAGAAAUAGAACUCAUUACGGUCUUUUACUAUAAAAGCUAGCUUGCAUCAUGAUGGGUACAGUCCACUAAUCCAAGCCCACUAAUCCAAGUGUAAAAUCAGCACUGUUCCGUCAGGGCCCAAUAACAUCAUGCAUACAACAUCCCUGUAGGUUUCUGAAACGCAAAUCAAAUUAUUGGCUGGUCCCUAAUCUUUCAAUUUCUUUUUGCUUUUUGUGGGUUAACCAAUUACAUUUUAAAUUAUUCCCACAAAACAAAAUCAUCUCCCCCCAUAGGGAUUUUUUAAAGUCUGAUUGCAGCCAUUUUUUUCAAGUGACAACCCUCAACUUUCUCCGUCACGUAGAAUCAUUUUUCAAUCGCAGUCUUUGGCCAUUAGGCUGCUCUCAUAUGACAGCUCAAAAAAGAAGACCCCGGCCAGGAAGUUGUUCCUGGCAACGAUUUACACAAUCUCACCAUUUUGGGGGCAAAACUGACAGUCUCCUUUCAAAAAGAUACUGGAGGGGGUACUUUUAAUGCUAAUAAGCUGGCCAGAACUUACUUGUGAUUAGUAGACUGCACCCUAGGUCACGGUGAAAGGUGAGGGUCACCAUGGAGCUCGGAGUCGAUCCCUUUUUUAUAGCUCCACGGUACAACUGAGUACAUGGUGAGUGGAUGUGAUGAUGGUUGUGACGAAUAAUGCGACAAGUAGCGCAUUCGUGGGGUCAACAGUUCAAGUUGAUGAUGGUAGUAACGUGCCAGUCGUUGCGACAAUAAAAAUUGAUCGAUCACUUCAUAGUUUGCAUAUGAAUUAAGUGAAGAGGACAUUUCGCUGCGUUUAGUUGCGACGCUGCUGCUGCGACAUAGCGAUGGAGUUUUGAUGAUCACUAAUUUGAUUGAUGCAUUAUAUGAUAAAAUACUUUGUUUUGUGUAAAACCAACUCUUUAACUUGGGCAUUGAGAGAAAUUUUCGUAAUUAACAUUCGAUCUAUCCCUGUCUUUUUAAAUAUAAUUUCAAAAUGAUCCUUAUGACAGAAAUAAAGACGUAGUUUUUGUUUUAAAA